AUGGCGUGCCUUGUGGGUUCGAAGGCUCCUGAUGUGACGUGUGAGGCGGUGAUGCCAGAUGGGAGCUUCAACACGAUAUCGCUGAAGCAUUUCCAGGGGAAGAAGUAUGUCUUGUUGUUUUUCUAUCCUUUUGAUUUCACUUUUGUCUGCCCCUCGGAAAUCUUGGCUUUUAGCAAGGCCGUUGCCGAUUUCGAGGCGCGAGACGUGCAGGUGAUCGGCUGCUCUAUUGACUCCAAGUUCACCCACACCGCAUGGCGCUCUCAGGGCCUAAAGAAUGGCGGUAUAGGCCCCGUUCAGAUCCCGCUGAUGGCAGACGUUACCAAGGAGGUUUCUAAGGCUUUCGGCGUGCUGCUGCCGGAGGGUAUGGCCCUGCGUGGACUGUUCCUCAUUGACAAGGAGGGCAUCGUACAGCACGCCCUUGUGAACAACCUUUCAAUAGGACGCUCCGUUCAUGAGGCUCUCAGAGUGGUAGACGCUCUGCAGCACCACGAGAAGUACGGCGACGUCUGCCCAGCCAACUGGCAGAAGGGCGAGAAAGCUAUGAAUCCAACCGCAGCAGGAGUAGCCGAGUACCUUGGCAGCCUGCACUAG